CUCUCUCCCCCUCCCACUCUCAAAACAUUUCACACACAAAGACUUUCCUAACUCUACAUUUCCACCACUCGAAAAACGAUACAACCCGUUGACUAGUCAAACUGGCGAUCGAUAAUCAAGAUUCCACCCUUGUCCGUGAAAUCAAACCCAAGAACCGCCGUAUUAUGGGUGCUGGAGGACCUGACGAUCAAGAAGAACAAAAAUGGCCACCAUGGUUGAAACCAAUGCUUCAAGAAAACUUUUUUGUUCAAUGCAAGUUACAUGCUGAUUCACAUAAAUCUGAAUGUAACAUGUAUUGUUUGGAUUGCGUGAAUGGUCCACUCUGUUCUCUUUGUCUCAACCACCACAAAGAUCAUCGCAGCAUUCAGAUACGGAGGUCAUCAUAUCACGAUGUGAUCAGAGUAUCAGAGAUACAGAAAUACUUGGAUAUAACAUCAGUACAGACUUACAUUAUCAACAGUGCUAAAGUUGUGUUUUUGAAUGAAAGGCCACAGCCUAGGCCUGGUAAAGGUGUUACAAAUACUUGUGAAGUUUGUGAACGCAGCCUUCUUGAUUCCUUCCGUUUCUGCUCACUUGGUUGCAAGAUUGUUGGGACGUCAAAGAAUUUCGAUAGGAAAACAAAGAUUUCAUCCGUGAAAAAGCAUUUAAUGAUGGCGAUUUCGGAUUCUGAGGAUUCAUACAGCAGUAGCAGCAGCAGCAGCCAUCGACAUCACAGGAGCGACUGUAGGGCUAACAGUUUCACUCCGUCAACGCCACCACCAACAGCCGCCAGCUUCAGGACCGCCAAGAGAAGAAAGGGCAUACCUCAUAGAUCACCGAUGGGUGGACUAGUCAUAGAAUACUAAACCUGUCAGUCAACCCCCUAUACUCUUACUAAAUUACCCAAUGGUCCCUCUCUGGCCUAUUCCUUAAUUACUAAAAUACACAACCUUUCUCUAAUUUCCUAACACCAGUGCUUUCUGUAAAAAGGCCUGUGUGAGGGAACUUACUGUACAAAGAAGCACCCAUAUAGGUAUAGUGUAAUAGUAAUAGUUUUGGGUAGUGCAUAAAUGGAACGAUAUAUAUAUAUAUAAUAAUAAAGACACAAUGUGAAAAUUGAGAAUGUGUACAAGUUAGUAGUAGUUUUGAAUGUAGGAAUAUAAAAAAUAAAGCUCCCAAAAAUGUGAAAUACCUUGGUUAUAUUUGUCGAGAAUGUAAUUAUGUUUUGUUUGACAAUAUAAUGAUAGUUUUGUGUAUUGUA